AUGAGUCGAAAGCAGAAUAACUUGAAAAAAAUAAAAUCAUUAUGUUACUUGACAUUGGGAGGAUCCUUAUCUUAUCAAAUUAUUUAUUACAAGAAAGAUUUUAAUGGUUACUAUAAUAAUGUACUACAACCAUUGAGCCAGCACCUCAAUCCAGAAUGGGCACAUAAAAUUGGUGUAUCAGCAAUCAAGUACGGACUAUUUCCUCCAGAAAAGUUUGAAGACCCUAAAGUUUUAAAUACUAAGUUCUUAAAGUAUGAGCUGAGUAAUCCAAUUGGUAUUGCCGCUGGCUUUGAUAAGCACGGUGAUGCUAUUAAAGGGUUAAGAAAUAUAGGAUUCUCUGUUGUUGAAAUUGGAUCAGUAACACCCGAACCUCAACCUGGCAAUCCUAAGCCCCGAGUGUUUAGGCUUCCUGAAGAUAAUGCUGUUAUCAAUAGAUAUGGUUUUAAUAGUGAAGGACACAAUGAAGUGUAUAAUAAGAUUAAGAAUGUGGACAAAGCUUUGCUACAAAAUGGACUAUUAGGAAUUAAUUUAGGCAAAAACAAAACUUCUACAAAUGCCGUUCACGAUUAUAGCUUAGGAAUUAAGAAAUUUUACAAUAUAGCAGACUAUUUUGUUAUAAAUAUAAGCAGUCCUAAUACUCCAGGUCUAAGAUCACUACAAAGUAAAAAUGAGUUACAUGAACUAUUAGCAGGAGUCAAUAAAACCUUACAUUCAUUAGAAGGUAGUAAUAGACCUCCACUACUUUUAAAAAUUGCAUCAGAUCUGACCCUUGAAGAAAUGAAAGAUAUUGUCUCUGUAAUAACAAAAAAAGAAACAAUGGUAGAUGGUCUGAUCAUAUCAAACACCACAAUUGAAAGGCCCUCGCUUAUAAAUCAAGAAUUUUCAACAGAAAUGGGUGGUCUUAGUGGCAAGCCUCUUACAAAAAAAUCUACAGAAGUGAUAAGAACUAUGUACAAAUUAACUAAAGGCAGUAUACCCAUUAUAGGUGUAGGAGGUGUGUUCACUGGUCAAGAUGCAUAUGAAAAAAUACUAGCAGGGGCAAGUGUUGUCCAAAUAUACACAGCUCUAAUUUACCAUGGUCCCCCCGUUAUUACCAAGAUUAAAUCUGAACUAGCAGAAUUAUUAACUAAAGAUGGUUACAGCGAUGUUAGUGAAGCUGUUGGUAAAGGUGUCAAAUAACAAAAACUGUUGAUAAUUAAAUAUUAUAUUUAUAA